CCAGUGAGAGGGACCGGCUCCCUGUGGUUUUGUGCCCUGAAUGAGAGUGACGGAGCACUGCAUGAUGUGUUUGAUGCCUUGCAUGCGGAAGACAUGCAGAGGCAGGGUGCAGUCUGCAUGCUGCUUAAUGAAUGUUUUUCCUUUUCUCUCCCUCCUUGUCAUGUGCUUUCAGAAGACAACAAUGUGGAAGGUCUGGCGCACCUGAUGAUGGGCGACCAAGGUAAAAGUAAAGGAAAAGAAGAAUAUAUUGCCACUUUCAAAGGAUCUGAAUACUUCUGCUACGACUUGUCUCAAAACCCCAUUCAAAGCAGCAGCGAUGAAAUAACUCUGUCCUUUAAAACCCUUCAGAGGAAUGGACUGAUGCUUCACACCGGAAAAUCAGCUGAUUAUGUCAAUCUUGCCCUGAAAAAUGGAGCUGUCUCUCUGGUCAUUAAUUUGGGAUCAGGGGCCUUUGAAGCACUAGUGGAGCCCGUGAAUGGAAAGUUUAAUGAUAAUGCCUGGCAUGAUGUGAAAGUCACCAGGAAUCUGCGUCAGCACUCAGGCAUUGGACACGCUAUGGUGACAAUAUCAGUGGAUGGGAUUCUUACCACAACGGGCUACACACAAGAAGAUUAUACCAUGCUGGGGUCUGAUGACUUUUUCUAUGUUGGAGGCAGUCCCAGCACAGCCGACCUUCCAGGGUCCCCAGUCAGUAACAACUUCAUGGGCUGUCUCAAAGAGGUGGUAUAUAAAAAUAAUGAUGUAAGGCUGGAAUUAUCACGACUUGCCAAACAAGGUGAUCCUAAGAUGAAGAUCCAUGGAGUGGUGGCAUUUAAGUGUGAAAAUGUUGCCACUUUAGACCCAAUCACCUUUGAAACACCAGAGUCUUUCAUCUCUUUGCCUAAAUGGAAUGCAAAGAAGACAGGCUCCAUAUCAUUCGACUUCCGUACCACGGAGCCAAAUGGCCUGAUCCUAUUUAGCCAUGGCAAGCCAAGACAUCAGAAAGAUGCCAAACAUCCACAGAUGAUAAAGGUGGACUUCUUUGCUAUUGAGAUGCUGGAUGGUCACCUCUACCUCCUCCUGGACAUGGGGUCAGGUACCAUAAAAAUAAAAGCCCUGCAGAAGAAAGUCAAUGAUGGAGAAUGGUAUCAUGUGGACUUCCAGAGAGACGGACGGUCAGGUACCAUUUCUGUCAACACACUGCGUACACCCUAUACAGCCCCUGGUGAGAGUGAGAUUCUCGACCUGGAUGAUGAGCUGUACCUGGGAGGCCUGCCAGAAAAUAAGGCUGGCCUCGUCUUCCCCACCGAGGUGUGGACUGCUCUGCUCAACUAUGGCUACGUGGGCUGCAUCCGGGAUCUGUUCAUUGAUGGCCAGAGCAAAGACAUCCGGCAAAUGGCUGAAGUUCAAAGUACUGCUGGAGUGAAGCCCUCCUGUUCCAGGGAAACAGCAAAACCGUGCCUUAGCAAUCCUUGCAAAAAUAAUGGCAUGUGCAGGGAUGGGUGGAACAGAUAUGUCUGUGAUUGUUCUGGAACAGGCUACCUUGGCAGGUCCUGUGAGAGAGAGGCAACAGUGUUGAGCUACGACGGGAGCAUGUUUAUGAAGAUCCAGCUGCCGGUGGUGAUGCACACAGAGGCCGAGGACGUGUCCUUGCGGUUCCGGUCUCAGCGCGCCUAUGGCAUUCUGAUGGCCACCACGUCAAGGGACUCCGCGGACACGCUGCGGCUGGAGCUGGACGCAGGCCGCGUGAAACUGACGGUCAACCUAGGCAAAGGUCCCGAGACCCUUUUUGCUGGCUAUAACCUCAAUGACAAUGAAUGGCACACUGUGCGUGUGGUUCGUCGAGGAAAAAGCUUAAAGUUAACGGUGGACGAUCAACAGGCCAUGACAGGCCAAAUGGCAGGUGACCAUACAAGGCUGGAGUUCCACAACAUAGAGACUGGCAUCAUCACAGAACGUCGAUACCUGUCCUCUGUACCCUCCAACUUCAUCGGGCACCUGCAGAGCCUGACAUUUAAUGGCAUGGCAUACAUCGACUUGUGUAAAAAUGGUGACAUAGAUUACUGUGAGCUCAAUGCCAGAUUUGGCUUCAGGAACAUCAUAGCAGACCCUGUCACCUUCAAGACCAAAUCCAGCUAUGUUGCCUUAGCUACGUUGCAAGCCUAUACUUCUAUGCAUCUUUUUUUCCAGUUCAAGACCACAUCUUUAGAUGGACUAAUUCUCUAUAACAGUGGGGAUGGAAAUGACUUUAUUGUGGUUGAAUUAGUUAAAGGGUACUUACAUUAUGUGUUUGAUUUGGGAAAUGGUGCUAACCUCAUCAAAGGGAGCUCAAACAAACCACUCAACGACAAUCAGUGGCACAAUGUGAUGAUAUCAAGGGACACCAGCAAUCUCCACACCGUAAAAAUCGACACAAAAAUCACAACGCAAAUCACUGCUGGAGCCAGGAACUUAGACCUCAAGAGUGACUUGUACAUAGGAGGAGUGGCUAAAGAAACCUACAAAUCCUUGCCAAAACUGGUCCACGCCAAGGAGGGCUUCCAGGGCUGCCUGGCAUCCGUUGACCUAAAUGGACGCCUCCCGGACCUCAUCUCAGAUGCUCUUUUCUGCAAUGGACAGAUUGAGAGGGGAUGCGAAGGUCCUAGCACAACCUGUCAAGAGGACUCAUGUUCCAAUCAAGGUGUGUGCUUGCAGCAGUGGGAUGGCUUCAGCUGUGACUGCAGCAUGACUUCCUUCAGUGGGCCCCUCUGCAAUGACCCUGGGACAACGUAUAUCUUUAGCAAAGGUGGUGGACAAAUCACAUACAAGUGGCCUCCUAAUGACCGGCCAAGUACACGAGCAGACAGACUGGCUAUAGGGUUCAGCACUGUGCAGAAGGAAGCUGUACUGGUUCGAGUGGACAGUUCGUCAGGCCUGGGUGACUACCUAGAGCUACAUAUACACCAAGGAAAAAUUGGAGUUAAGUUUAAUGUUGGGACAGAUGACAUCGCCAUUGAAGAGUCCAACGCAAUCAUUAAUGAUGGGAAAUACCACGUAGUGCGUUUCACGAGGAGUGGUGGCAAUGCCACAUUACAAGUGGACAGCUGGCCAGUGAUCGAGCGCUACCCAGCAGGAAACAAUGAUAACGAGCGCCUGGCGAUUGCUAGACAGCGAAUUCCAUAUCGACUUGGUCGAGUAGUUGAUGAAUGGCUACUCGACAAAGGGCGUCAGCUCACAAUCUUCAAUAGCCAAGCAACCAUAAUAAUUGGCGGGAAAGAGCAGGGCCAGCCCUUCCAGGGCCAGCUCUCUGGGCUUUACUACAAUGGCUUGAAAGUUCUGAAUAUGGCAGCGGAAAACGAUGCCAACAUCGCCAUAGUGGGAAAUGUGAGACUAGUCGGUGAAGUGCCUUCCUCUAUGACAACCGAGUCGACAGCCACGGCCAUGCAGUCAGAGAUGUCCACGUCAAUCAUGGAGACCACCACAACCCUGGCCACAAGCACCGCAAGAAGAGGAAGGCCCCCCACGAAAGAACCGGUCAGCCAGACCACAGAUGACAUCCUCGUGGCCUCCGCAGAAUGUCCUAGCGAUGACGAGGACAUUGACCCGUGUGAGCCAAGCUCAGGUGGGUUAGCCAACCCAACCCGAGUGGGCGGGAGAGAGCCAUACCCUGGCUCUGCAGAAGUGAUCCGGGAGUCCAGUAGCACCACGGGCAUGGUCGUUGGGAUCGUGGCCGCAGCUGCCCUGUGCAUCCUCAUCCUCCUCUAUGCCAUGUACAAGUACAGGAACCGGGAUGAAGGCUCGUACCACGUGGACGAGAGCCGAAACUACAUCAGUAACUCAGCACAGUCCAACGGGGCUGUGGUAAAGGAGAAGCAACCCAGCAGCGCAAAGAGCGCCAACAAAAACAAGAAAAACAAGGAUAAAGAGUAUUAUGUCUGAUCCCAAGAUCUGAAAAGGACACGUGUAUAGAAAUAGUCUUCAUUUUAUCUGAGACAUAAUAUAAACUUAUUUACUUUCCUUUUU